AUUCAAGAGCCAUCUUUUUUUUGCCGCGCCUCUGCCUCUCAUUCUCAGAGACAUUUUCGAGCAAACGACCAUAAAAUUCGUGUAGCGUCCACGACGACAUUGAAAACGGAACGGCAGCCGAACCGAGCGUGCGAGUGAGCUAAGCAGCUACAGCUAAGCAGAGCGCUUGUCAACUCAAAAAGCAGUAGAGAAAAAGAAGGCGACGAAGACAGCAGCAGCAGAAUCGACGCCGCACGUACCGGGAGCAUUUAAAAUAAUUUUUUCUGUGGAUUAAUUUUACUAAAAAGGAUUUAAAAAAAAAAACACAAUGACUGAACGUGAAAAUAACGUCUACAAGGCAAAAUUGGCCGAACAGGCCGAGCGCUACGAUGAAAUGGUGGAGGCCAUGAAGAAGGUCGCCUCCAUGGACGUUGAGCUGACCGUUGAGGAGCGUAAUCUGCUCUCGGUUGCCUACAAGAAUGUGAUUGGAGCACGUCGCGCCUCGUGGCGCAUUAUCACCUCCAUUGAACAGAAGGAGGAGAAUAAGGGUGCCGAGGAGAAAUUGGAAAUGAUUAAGACCUAUCGCGGUCAGGUGGAAAAGGAGCUGCGCGACAUUUGCUCGGAUAUAUUAAAUGUGCUCGAGAAACAUCUCAUUCCAUGCGCCACGUCCGGCGAAAGUAAAGUAUUCUACUAUAAGAUGAAGGGCGAUUAUCAUCGCUAUUUGGCCGAAUUCGCAACCGGUUCGGAUCGCAAGGAUGCGGCAGAGAAUUCACUGAUCGCCUAUAAGGCAGCCAGUGAUAUCGCCAUGAACGAUCUGCCUCCAACACACCCCAUUCGAUUGGGUCUCGCUUUGAACUUCUCGGUGUUUUACUAUGAGAUACUCAAUUCGCCGGAUCGCGCUUGCCGCUUGGCGAAAGCCGCAUUUGAUGAUGCCAUCGCUGAAUUGGAUACGCUAAGCGAAGAGAGCUACAAAGACUCGACCCUGAUCAUGCAGCUUCUGCGGGACAACCUCACAUUAUGGACGUCCGAUAUGCAGGCAGAUGACUCGACAACAGGUGAUGGCGAGCCCAAACAGGAAAUUCAGGAUGUUGAGGAUCAGGAUGUGUCGUAAUUUAAGUAAACCCCCGCCCUUCCAUUUAAACACACACAAAACAAAAAAAAAACAACAAAAAAAAACAAAAAAAACAUAUACCUUCUAAAGUAAAUAUAAUACAUAUAAUAUAUAUGCAUAUAACAAUAAAAACAACAACACGCAGCCGGGGUAGUAUCAACAUCAACAACUUGAAACGCGACAACAACAGCAACAACAACAAGAAGAUCGGGCGAACAACAACAUCUACAACAUCAACCAACCAACAGCAGCGGCAAGAAGUAGCAAAGGACAUCAGGCAAAAUCACAACAGCACAUAAGCAAUUAAGAUGGAAACCACCCAUAAGCCAAGCCACACACAAUACACACACACACACACAACAAAAUGCUGCACAAACUGAUGGUGGUCGAGACGCGGGCGUGGCUGUUGUUGGGGACGAUAAGAAAUAAAAAAGAAGAGGUGCAGCCGCCGUUGCUGUUUUAGCUGUGCUUUGCGAAUCUUUGUCCUGGCUCCUCCCAAAAACAAAAAAAGCUAAAGCGAAAGCAACAACAACAACAAGCAACUCUACUACAUUUGAAAUUUUGUGCAUUCGAGAAACGUAAAAGCAUUAUAUUAUAUUCAAAUAAAUAUUAUAUUUAAUUCUGAGAA